UCUUUAUUAAACAUUGGUGUAAACAUACAAAAAAGAGUUUAAUAAAUAAUUCUAUUUCGACAAGUGAGUGGUCUGGUUAUGUGAGUAGUUGGAUCAAAGUUCUUGGCAUUAACAAAUAUUGGGUUUUGGGAAAUUCAAAACAAUUUAAACGCGUAGAUUACGUGUACACAUAAAACUAGUCUUUGAGCCAAAUAAUAAUAAUGAAUCAAGUUAAAUAUGUUGGCGCCAUCGAUGAGGGUACAUCAUCGGCACGUUUUAUUAUUUUUAAAGCUGGUACGGAUGAAAUAGUGUGCUAUCAUCAAAUUGAAGUGCCAUCCAUAUAUCCCCAGGAAGGUUGGGUAGAGCAGGAUCCCGUCCUCAUCUAUGACAUUGUCAAAAGUUGUAUCGAUGAAGCCGUUCAAAAAUUAGAAAAGCUUGGUGGUAAUGUUAAGGAUAUUGUUGCCGUCGGUGUUACUAAUCAACGAGAAUCGGUUAUAGUUUGGAAUCGUCAUACAGGAGAACCUUUGCAUAAUGCUAUUAUAUGGUUGGAUAAUCGUACCACCACAACAGUAGAUGACUUGAUCGAAUCCAUACCAAAUAAUUCGAAAAAUAUAAAUUACUUAAAACCAUUAUGUGGUUUACCAUUAUCACCUUACUUUUCGGCUUUGAAAUUACGUUGGUUACGCGACAAUAUACCAGCAGUUAAAAAGGCUAUGGAUAAAGGUGAUGCUUUAUUUGGUACCAUAGAUUCAUGGCUAAUUUACAAUUUAACUGGUGGCGCUAAAAACGGUGGACUUCAUUUGACCGACGUUACAAAUGCCUCGCGUACAAUGUUAAUGAAUAUUGAAACUUUAAUGUGGGACUCUCAUUUAUUGAAAUUCUUUGGUUUGCCCGCCUCCAUAUUGCCUAAAAUUAUUUCCAGUUCGGAAAUGUUUGGCACCAUAAAGGAUUCCGACAUUAAGGGUAUUCCCAUUACUGCUUGUUUGGGUGAUCAGCAGGCUGCAUUAGUUGGACAACAGUGCUUGCAGAGGGGACAGGCUAAGGCUACUUAUGGUACUGGUUGCUUUCUACUUUACAAUACAGGCACCGCUAUAGUUACAUCUGCGCAUGGCUUGCUUACCACAGUGGGUUAUCAAUUCGGUCGCGACUCACAUCCUGUGUACGCAUUGGAGGGUAGUGUGGCUAUAGCAGGAGUAGCUUUGACAUGGUUACGUGAUAAUUUGGGUCUGUUUGAGUCUUUGGGUCAAGUGGAGGCCAUGGCUCGUUUGGUGGACAAUUCGUUGGAUGUAUAUUUUGUGCCGGCUUUUAGUGGCCUCUAUGCACCCUACUGGAAUCAAGAGGCUAGGGGGGUAAUUUGUGGCUUAAGUGAAGACACCACUAGUGAACAUAUCGUGCGUGCCACUUUAGAAUCUAUAUGCUUCCAAGUGCGUGAUAUCUUAGAUUCAAUGAAGAAAGACUGUGGUAUUCCUUUGGCCAAACUUAUGGUCGAUGGCGGCAUGACGAUUAAUAGUCUGUUCCUACAAUUGCAAGCCGAUUUGGUUGGCAUUAAUGUUAUACGCUCUAAAAUUGCCGAGACCACGGCAUUAGGUGUUGCUUUGGCCGCUUAUCGCGUUGUGGAGCCCUCUUUUAAUAUUGAAGACGGUUUGUCAGUUGGUGAAGAACGUGCUAAGUACAAACCAAUAAUAACAGAAAAUGAACGAGAUGUACGUUAUCACAAGUGGAAGAUGGCAGUUGAGCGGUCAAUUGGUUGGGAUACCUCGUCAGCUUCUAGUAAGAAUCGUGAUUUAUUUGAUUAGUUCUGCCUUCUUUUUACAAUUACUAUGUAUGUAUAUUAAAAAGUAAAAAGUUCUUUUUUCAAAUGUUAGUGCUUUAUUUUCUUAGUACAUAUUUCAAAUGUUUCGCCAAUUUUUGUUUAAAUACACAUAUUUUUAAUAAACUAUUAAUAAAUUAAAAGCUACCAAAA